GUCAAGUGCGCUUCAGACGUGGCAGGCCUUAUAAAAGUGCGGCGCGUUGUUAGCAGGCGCAGGCACACUCUCCUCAACACCAUCACCAUCACCAUGUCCCGUCGUCCGACGCGCUCGCAGUCGCGGCGCAUGGCGUCCUCGCUGUCGCUUCUCUUCUUCGCUUUCCUUGCUCUGAUUCUGUUAUGUCCGCCCGUACAUGCCGACGAGAAGAAGUCCGAGUACGGCACGGUUAUUGGUAUCGAUUUGGGCACGACGUAUUCGUGCGUGGGUGUACAGCGGGGCGGGCGCGUCGAGAUCAUCGCGAACGACCAGGGUCACCGGAUUACGCCUUCAUGGGUCAGCUUCACUGACGACGAGCGGUUAAUCGGUGACAGUGCUAAGAAUGCCUAUCACUCGAACCCCGAAAACACUGUAUUUGAUGCCAAGCGGCUCAUUGGUCGCAAGAUGGACGACCCUGAGUUGCAGCGCGACAUGAAGCACUGGCCAUUCAAGGUCGUCGAGAAGAACGGCAAGCCUGCUAUUCAGGUCAAGCACAAGGGCGACGUGCGCGAAUUCACUCCCGAGGAGAUCAGCGCCAUGGUCCUCACCAAGAUGAAGGAGACUGCUGAGGCAUACCUUGGCCAGAAGGUCACCCACGCUGUUGUCACCGUCCCUGCCUACUUCAACGACGCCCAGCGUCAGGCUACCAAGGAUGCCGGUACCAUCGCCGGUCUCACUGUCCUUCGUAUCAUCAACGAGCCCACGGCCGCCGCCAUCGCGUACGGUCUCGACAAGAAAGGUGGCGAAUCCCGCAUCAUUGUCUACGAUCUCGGUGGAGGUACCUUCGAUGUCUCCCUUCUCUCCAUCGACGACGGUGUCUUCGAGGUCUUGGCCACCGCUGGUGACACCCACCUGGGUGGUGAGGACUUCGACAACCGGGUUAUGGAGCACUUGAUCAAGCAGUACAAGAAGAAGACCGGUACCGACGUGUCCAACAACCUGCGGGCUCUCGGAAAGCUGAAGCGUGAAGUCGAGAAGGCCAAGCGGACGCUCUCCAGUCAGCAGUCUACCCGCAUUGAGAUCGAGUCUUUCGAGGGCGGCAACGACUUCUCGGAGACCCUGACUCGGGCCAAGUUCGAGGAGCUCAACAUGGACCUCUUCAGGAAGACCAUGAAGCCCGUCGAGCAGGUGCUCAAGGACGCCAACGUCAAGAAGGAGGAAGUCGAUGAGAUCGUUCUUGUCGGUGGUUCCACUCGUAUCCCCAAGGUUCAGCAGCUCCUGAAGGAGUACUUCGGCAAAGAGCCUUCCAAGGGUAUCAACCCCGAUGAGGCUGUUGCCUACGGUGCUGCUGUCCAGGGUGGUAUCCUGUCCGGCGAGGCUGGUACCGAGGACGUUGUCCUCGUCGACGUCUGCCCCUUGACUCUCGGUAUCGAGACCACUGGCGGUGUCAUGACCAAGCUCAUUCCCCGUAACACUGUUAUUCCCACCCGGAAGAGUCAAAUCUUCUCCACAGCCGCUGACAACCAGCCUACGGUCUUGAUUCAAGUCUACGAGGGUGAGCGGUCUUUGACGAAGGACAAUAACCUCCUCGGCAAGUUCGAGCUGUCCGGUAUUCCUCCCGCGCCUCGUGGUGUCCCUCAGAUUGAGGUCACCUUCGAGAUUGAUGCCAACGGUAUCAUGAGGGUGUCCGCUGCUGACAAGGGAACUGGCAAGUCCGAGUCGAUCACGAUCACGAACGAGAAGGGCCGUCUCUCACAGGAGGAGAUCGAGCGCAUGGUUAAGGAGGCUGAGGACUUCGCCGCUGAGGAUGAGGCGCAGCGCAAGCGUAUCGAGGCACUCAACAGCCUGUCUUCCUUCGUCUACGGUCUGCGGACCCAGGUCACCGACUCUGAGGGUCUUGGUGGCAAGCUCGAGGAGGCCGACAAGAAGAAGAUCCUGGCCGUCGUGAAAGAGACCACGGACUGGAUCGACGAGAAUGGGCAGUCUGCGAGUGCGGAGGACCUUGAGGAGAAGCUGACGGAAGUGCAGAGCGUGGUGAACCCCAUCACGAGCAAGUUGUACUCUGGUGGUGGUGCUGGGUACGCGCCAGGGCCUGAUGAUGACCAGGAGCCGCUCCGCUCGCACGACGAGCUAUAGGGAUGUUUUGGGUGUGCAAAAACGCCUAUUGUAGGUCUUUAUUAUGACAGUAAUUAGAAUGAAUUAUUUGCUUUCGCCAUCGCUUGUAUUUAUACCUUGCAAGAACUAGGUAGCUUCACCAUAUCCAACGCCA